UUAUCUUUAUAUCGUGUCUCAUUGUAUUGCGGCCGAAAACAGAACUCGAAAGUCGCAAAAUUAUUCCCAUAAACAAUUGAAGCAAAUGUUGUCAAAGUCACUGGCAACAGUUGUUGCUGCUGUUGCUGUCGCUGUCGGAUUCGCUGUCGUUGACACUUGCAUGCGGACGCUCGAGCAGCUCGCACUUGUGUUUUUGUUUGCUGAGGCAUUUGCGUGAUAGCGUGUCGAAAGUUCAUAGUUGAUAGUAAUCACAUACCCUGUAAUUUGCAGAACAAUGCCUGUCAAAUGCCACUUCAAUUUGUCGCGUUCAUCAGCAGUUUAUUACGCUGGCGAACAAAUUUCAGGCACAUUGAUGCUGACAAUUAUCAAGAAGCCGUUGAACGUUGAAGGCAUCCAUAUCACAUUGCUGGGCAUCAGUACAACCAGCUGGCAUGAGACAGACAAAUGUUUGCCACAAAUAGAGCACAAUGAUAGCACUGGACCCGCAGAGCCCCCUCAGCUUUAUUUUGGCGCCACUAAGACACACAUUGAGCAGACACAGGAGCUAGCCAAGUCAUUGAUCUUGCCACCAGGCAGCCUGCAACUGGGCAGCUUUACAUUCCAGUUGCCCAACGAAGUUCCAGGCAGUUGUCGCUUACCCCAUGGUUCAAUCAGCUAUUCGCUCCAGUUGACUCUCGAGCGGCGUAGCAAACAAGCCAAACGCUUCCAGCAUCGAUUAGUGGUCAGAAACCGCAUUGAAUUUCUUGAACCGAGACCUGCGACAACAGAAUCCUCAACUUUGUGCCUUAGCUUACCACGAAGCGUAUUUGUUCCAGGCCAGCGAGUUGCCUAUCAGCUGGAGACAUCCACUUCAAGUUCUCAGUUACUGACACGUCUCUGUCAAUGCAUCAGAUAUGAGAGCCAUCAACCAGUGGCCAAGUUCAAGAAGGUGGUGCGUAUACUCGAUGAGAGUUCUUCUUUGGAGGAUGCACUGCAUCUACCUCUCACUGCGCUCAUAAUGAGCCAAAGGUCUGGGGAUCUCAUUGAGAUCACGUACUAUGUGGAAACUUUAGGCAGCUGCAGCGAACCUCUGCGAUUGCCCCUAUUCGUGGGAACUGUGGCGCCACCUGUCGACACUCACAUAAGUUUGUCUUCUCUUGGCUUUGUAAACUUUGCUCUCUCAGAAAACGAAGUGCUGCUUUCAUCAAUCAAUCAACUGUUGCCCCACAGUUAUUCCAGGGAACUCGUCCCCUCAAGCUCUGGCAAAUACAAUGAGCAGCUGAAAUUGCUGAGGCGCCAAAAGAAACAAUCGUACGUGCGGAUAGCUCUACGAUAUUUCUAUAAGCGUUUGCUACCCGCUAAUUAACUAACUUACUGUGUAGCUUGCAGUUGAUAAUUAAAUACAAAUUACGAGUACUCGCAUUUAUGUAAAUUAAUAAUACAUUAACAAUAAAAAUCAUACUAUAUAUAGAAA